AUGUGCAAGUGGACGACUCUCAUUUCUGCCUGUGUGGUGAUCUUGGCUGCCCUCGAGGCCAGUUUCCGCACCUGGCUCCCCUCCCACUUUGUCUUUGAAAAAGAGGUUUUGCAACAAUUGGUCCAAGAGACCUUAGUCCACCAUCCAGACGGAAACGCCACCGCCAUUAUGAUCGACUUGGCUCCAAGAAUCAAGGAGAGAUACCCGGGAAUCAUCAACGACUUAAACUUUGACGAUUGGGUCUACAACAACGCCGGAGGUGCCAUGGGUACCAUGUUCAUUCUCCAUGCGUCAAUCAGUGAAUACUUGAUUUUCUUUGGAACCGCCGUGGGCACCGAGGGCCACACCGGUGUGCACUACGCUGACGACUACUUCACAAUCUUAAGUGGAUACCAAAUGGCCAGCAAACCAGAGAGUUUGGUGCCUGAGGUGUACUAUCCUGGAGACCAGCACCACUUGGUGAGGGGUGAGGUGAAACAGUACUCCAUGCCAAGCGAAGCAUUUGCGUUGGAGUUGGCACAAGGAUGGAUUCCUGCCAUGUUGCCAUUCGGGUUUGUUUCGGUGGUGUGUCUGACAUUGGAUCCAUACUCAUUCUACAGAACCGCGUACUUCACUGCAAAGGAUAUGUUGCAGAACUUGAUGAAGGGCAAAUUGUAA